UGGGCGGUAUUUGCUGACACUGCGGUGCAGCCAGUGGCCCCGGGACGAUGCUGAGCGGCGCGAUGUGCCCGCUCUGCCUGGACUUCUACCGGAACCCAGUGAAGAGCCCGUGCGGCCACAGUUUCUGCAGGGGCUGCCUGCUUCAGGGUCCGGGUCCGGGUCAGGGUCACCUGCUCUGCCCCCAGUGUCAGCAGGAGUUCACCCAGGCCAGCGUCCGCCCCGCCAGGAGCCUCCGGAGGAAGGCAGAGAGGGCUCGGAUACAGAUCGGCCGCCUGACCGAGGACCAGGCUCCAUCGGCGGCGCAGGGAGCGGGCGGCUGCAGGGUCCAGUCGAGCAGUUCCAUGAAGGAGGUGGCCGGACUCUAUAAGGAGAUGCUGCGGAAUAAACUGGGAUCCCUUCAGAGACAGAAGGAGCACCUUGACCAGUGCCGAGGCGUCGAGGCAGCCAACCGGGUGGAACUGAAGAAAUAUGUCAAAGAUCUCCGGGAGAAUAUCACCUCGGAGUUUGCGGAAUUGCAGCAGUUUCUCCGGAGAGAAGAGGCCACCUUGAUAGCGAGACUGGAAGAAAAGCAGAAGCUGGUGUCACGAGAAAUAGAGGACAAUAUGAUCAAGAUUUCGAGAGACUUGGCCUCCAUUAAUGAAACGAUAAGCAAAGUAGAGAGCUUGCUGGAUCUGCAAGAGAUGGAGCUGCUGCAGGAUAUGAGGUCCAAUGUCAAAUGGUCUAGAAUCGGAUAUCAGGGUCCCAAAACGCUUUCUGUUUCUCUGGCCCUGGGAGAGUUCAAUGGGCCUCUGCAGUACGCGGUAUGGAGACGGAUGCUGAAGGAAAUCAAGACAGUUCCAGCGCCUCUGGUCUUCGAUCCCAAGACGGCCCACCCCCACCUCACCCUGUCGGCUGACUGCAGGAGACUGCGUGCCGCCAGCGGGAGGCAGCAGACCCGUCGCCCGCACACUUUCGGUCGCUGCCUCUGCGCCCUGGCCUCAGAGGGAUUCACUUCGGGGACGGCCUACUGGGAGGUGAAGGUGAGGGCCAACUGGGAGUGGGUGCUUGGUGUGGCCCCGCAAGCCGUCAUCGGGCCGAAGACCCACCAGGCGGAGGUCCGUGUCUGGGCCCUGAGGAGGUCGGGUGAGGAAUACUCUGCCCUCACCUCGCCCCACACCCCCCUGCACCUCAGCGUCAAGCCCCAGAGGAUCGGACUCUUCCUGGAUUACCAGGCCGGACAGCUGUCCUUCUACAAUGCCGAUGACAUGUCCCAUCUCUACACUUUCACCGACACCUUCAGUGAGGAGCUCUACCCUUACUUCUACACUGGCUGUAAAAUGGACCCGCUGAAAUUGGUCAGCUCGCGUUUUUAAGGAGCAGGGAAUGAGUGCCGUGGCCCAACUGCAUUUUCCCACUUUACAGAGAAACAGGAGAGAGCUGUUCAUCACAUCAUAGAGAUGUACAGCAUGGAAACAGACCCUUCGGUUCAACCCGUCAAAUUAAUCUAAUCCCAUUUGUCAGCACUUGGCCCAUAUCCCUCCAAAUUCUGGAUGAGUGGUGCUGGAAGAGCACAGCAGUUCAGGCAGCAUCCGAGGAGCAGUAAAAUCUAUGUUUCGGGCAAAAGCCCUUCAUCAGGAAUACAUAUCCCUCCAAACCCUUGCUAUUCAUAUACCCAUCCAGAUGCUUUCAAAUGUAAUUGUACCAGCCUACACCACUUCCUCUGGCAGCUCAUUCCAUACACGUACCACCCUCUGUGUGAAAAAGUUGCACCUUAGGUCCCUUUUAUAUCUUUCCCCUCUCGCCUUAAACUGAUGCCCUCUAGAUUUGAGCUCCCCGACCCCAGGGAAAAGAUUUGACUGUUCACCCUACCUAUGACCCUGAUCAUUAUGUAAACUUCUGUAAGAUCGCCCCUCAGCCGCCAAUACUCCAGGGAUAACAGCACCAGCCACAUCAGCCUCCACCUGUAGCUUAUUUACUAACCAUAGUCUGUCUGCCGUUCAAUCAAAUGGACAGCAGAUCCGUAUCUCAACUCUUACUUAUUCCCAACACACAAAAAAAACGCAAUCACUUUUGGCAUUUUUCCCACUCCCCAUCAUUGUGCCAAGCCGUGCACACUGACAACGCUCCUGAUUGGUGACGCUCCAGUCUUCAGGCCUUCAUUCCUUGUUCAGGCCCACUUCCCCCUCACACCCACCCCCACCCAAAUGGUAUGGAGGGGAGGUCUGAUGAGAAAAGGCUGGGGGACUUGAGACCAUUUUCUGACUUUCCCCAACCUGGAGAAAUAGUUUCUCCUCUUCUACUGCGUGAAGCCCCUUUGAUGUUUGGAACAUCAGGUUAAUCGACUGGGUUGAAAAUGUGUUGCUGGAAAAGCGCAGCAG